GUUGACUUACAAAGACACCCAAAUUCUAGAGUAGGAAUGUGAGUAUAUUAAAUUAAGAUAUAAAAUAAUAAAAGCCCCUAAAAUGACGGGGAUGUAGCUCAGAUGGUAGAGCGCGGGGAUCGAUACCCCGCAUCUCCACUCUUCGACUUUUAUUUUCUUGUUUUUUUUUUUGGUUUUUUUGUGUGUUUUUAAUCCUUUUCUAAGAAAUUUAUGGCACGUGUUGCUUUUAGAAUCAGUGGAACAGCAAAGCAGUCAGCUUUGUCUCAAACUCUCUUAGAUCACAUGAUUCACAUCUCGAUCAUUGAAAACCGACGGCUAUGGUUCGUCAGAGCACUGAAGCGUCCGUGACUUACUGACUUUUUAGCAUUCAUGGUGGUGGAUAAGGGAAAAAGUACACGCACAUCAAUGUCCGCCUGAAGAAUCUCGUCUCGUAGACUGAAUCAGUGAGCCAACAACCCAGAGAUCUGAAGUAGACCCAGAAAAAAAAGGUUUUUUGCCCAAAAAGGAAAAUGAGUUCUUCGAAGACUUUGAGAAAGUUGGAGGUGGUUUCUCCAGUACCAGCAGACAUAGACAUCGCCAACUCGGUUGAGCCUUUCCACAUCUCUGAGAUUGCCAAGGAACUCAACCUCUCUCCCAACCACUAUGAUCUUUAUGGCAAAUAUAAGGCCAAGGUUUUGUUAUCUGUGCUUGAUGAGCUUGAAGGAUCCAGAGAUGGGUAUUAUGUUGUGGUUGGAGGGAUUACUCCAACUCCUCUUGGAGAAGGCAAAUCUACUACUACUGUUGGACUCUGUCAAGCUUUGGGUGCUUUUCUUGAUAAAAAGGUUGUUACCUGCCUUCGUCAACCAUCACAAGGACCGACUUUUGGAAUCAAAGGAGGUGCAGCAGGAGGUGGUUACAGUCAGGUGAUCCCAAUGGAUGAAUUCAAUCUUCACCUAACCGGAGAUAUUCAUGCCAUAACGGCUGCAAACAAUCUUCUUGCUGCUGCGAUUGACACUAGGAUUUUCCAUGAGUCAACCCAAUCAGAUAAGGCUCUCUUAAACCGGUUAUGCCCUCCAAAUAAGGAAGGGAAACGGUCCUUUAGUGACAUCAUGUUUAGACGUUUGAAGAAACUUGGUAUCUCUAAGACCAGGCCAGAGGAUCUCACACCACAAGAAGUUAAAAAGUUUGCUAGGCUUGAUAUCAAUCCAGUUUCUAUUACAUGGAGAAGAGUGAUGGAUGUAAAUGACCGAUUCUUGAGGAAGAUAACCAUUGGCCAGGGCCCUGAAGAGAAAGGAAUGGUGAGAGAAACAGGAUUUGAUAUUUCUGUUGCCAGUGAAAUAAUGGCGGUUUUGGCCCUUACAACAUCUCUAGCUGAUAUGAGGGAGAGGCUUGGAAAAAUGGUGGUUGGGAACAGCAAGGCUGGUGAUCCUGUAACUGCUGAUGAUCUUGGCGUUGGAGGUGCUUUAACAGUUCUAAUGAAGGAUGCUAUUAACCCUACUUUGAUGCAGACUCUUGAGGGAACUCCAGUUCUUGUUCAUGCUGGCCCUUUUGCAAAUAUUGCUCAUGGAAAUUCCUCUAUUGUGGCAGAUAAGAUUGCACUCAAACUGGUAGGACAGGGUGGGUUUGUGGUCACAGAAGCAGGAUUUGGUGCUGAUAUUGGGGCUGAGAAAUUCAUGAAUAUAAAGUGCCGAUAUAGUGGUUUAACACCUCAGUGUGCUGUUAUUGUUGCAACAAUAAGAGCUUUGAAAAUGCAUGGUGGAGGACCAGAAGUUGUUGCUGGGAAGCCUCUAGAUCAUGCCUACUUAACUGAGAAUGUAUCUCUAGUUGAAGCAGGUUGUGUGAAUUUGGCCAGGCAUAUUACGAACACAAAAGCUUAUGGUGUGAAUGUUGUUGUUGCUGUGAACAAGUUCGCAACAGAUAGUGAAGCAGAACUAAAUGCAGUUAGAAAUGCAGCUUUGGCAGCUGGUGCAUAUGAUGCUGUUAUUUGUACUCAUCAUGCCCAUGGUGGAAAAGGAGCGGUUGAUCUUGGAAUUGCUGUUCAACGAGCCUGUGAGAAUGUUACUCAGCCAUUGAAGUUUUUAUAUCCUUUGGACAUUAGUAUCAAAGAGAAAAUAGAGGCGAUUGCCAGAUCAUAUGGGGCCAGCGGUGUUGAAUACUCAGAGCAGGCGGAGAAACAGAUCGAGAUGUACAGCCAGCAAGGGUUUUCAGGUCUACCUAUCUGCAUGGCAAAGACACAGUACUCGUUUUCACACAAUGCUUCAGAGAAAGGAGCUCCAACUGGAUUUGUGUUACCAAUAAGGGAUGUGAGGGGUAGUAUUGGAGCUGGAUUCAUUUAUCCUCUGGUGGGAACAAUGAGUACAAUGCCUGGUCUUCCCACAAGGCCAUGCUUCUAUGAUAUCGAUGUUGACACCGCCACGGGAAAGGUUAUCGGUCUUUCUUGAAGGGUCCCAGUUUUUGGCUCUCCAUAGUCCAUAUAUCAUCACACCCACCAAGGAAAGUUUGAAGUUGAUCUCUCCAGUUCACCUUCAAACUCAUGGAUUUGUGUUCUUUGCCUGUCAUUUCUGUGUUUUUGCAUGCUUACCAAAACAAUGAAUGUACCCACUAAAGAAGAAAUUUCAUUUCGAGCCAGACGCUGGUUUUUGGGGUGAUUAUAAUAUUUACAGAUAAUUGGAACCUUGGUUUUUUUA